AAAUCUGAAACUCAGAAAUAUUCGUUAUCACAACUACUGCAAGAAUUUAGUUGGAAAUAUACCUCUUGGCCAGCUCCCCAACAAGCAGCAGCUCGAAAUGAACUGUCAAAGUUAAUCAAAGAACCAUCUACGCUUUUGUUGGAUCCGAUAGUGCAAC